AUGAAAAACAUAAAUUAUAAUUUCAAAAAAUAAAAAGAAAAUACUUUUUAACAAAAAAACUCAAAAUUGAGCUUCGUCUUCUGUUAAGAAGUAGGCAUUAGAUUUAUCUCCAUAAAAAGCAUAAAAUUGAAUGGUUUUUCCAAAUGUUAAGUCAUACAAUUCCAUGAAGGAUGUGACUUCAAUGUUAUGCUUUUCAAUAUAUUUCUUUAAAUUAGGAUAUACUUUUUUGACUCCAAACAUGAAACUCAUAACGCUUCUGUAAGGAAAAUUUGCAUAAAUAACGUCGACGCUAGGAAGAGUAGUUUAGCUGUACUCAGGAUAUUCUGCUAAAAAUGCUUCAAUCUUUUUAACUUCUCCAGGGUUUACCAAAAUACCAAAUGUUAUUCUGCAAUUAUCUUAAUCUUCAACAAUUUCAAUAGGAUCAUAGUAUAAACCAGCUGGCACUGCAAAUUUGAAAUGUUUAUUCAUAGCUUCACAAACUUUAUUCCAGAUUUCACUACUUUUGAUAUAGUUUAUUCUUUGAUUGAAAUAAAGGUAUUGGCGAGGACCAAAAUAUUAUUUCUUAUUAUAAACAGUGACAGGACUAAGAACUCCAUAAUAACCUAAAUAAGCUAAUAUUCCUACUAUAAUAAUAAAGACUCCUCCUGCUAUAUAUAAUUCUUCAGGCAUUUCUAAUAAGUAUUUUUUUAUUAAUUUUUAACUUAUUUAUAUUUUUUUUGA